AUGUCAAAUUCAGCAAUGCUUACUGCAAAAAAGCGCGCCGAAGCCAAUUUACGCAACACUAAUCUACCAACCGAUCCUCAGCCUUCCUCAGGAUCAGAUAGUAAAAGUGGCGCCUUAUUGAUCUCGCUGUUACAAUCACGGUUGAAUUGGUGCAACUCAAUAUUUCCUAAAUAUCGGCAUGACAAUAUACAACAGCCACGACGCACCAACAAUAUGCGCAAAAAGUGGCCAAAUAUGCGAUACCUUGGGUCGUGUACAGUGCAUUUGGGCGUUCAUAGUUUUCCUGAAACGGCUUUUUAUGAAGCUGUACGAACAGAGCCUUGGGCACAGCUAGCCAAAGAUGCUGGAUUCUCGGACGAAAUUACUGACAUUCACAAUAGCGACGUCGACAACGAUAACAAUAACAAGAGCGACAACGUAAUUGACGGCGACGGUGAUACUAUUAUGCAGGAGCAGGAGUUGGCGCAACAACAACAACAACAACAGCAAGGCAACAACUGUGUCUUUACAGAUCUCGUCAUGGAAUUCAAGGAAAACACAAGCGACCGAUUCGCUUUUCCGAAAGAAGCGAUUGUUGAAGUGACGUCGUCGUGUGAUACCAGUUCUCUAUUUCAGCUUACAGUAUCGUUCUUAAUACCGUUGGCUGCUGAAGAAGAAAAUGGGUUUUUUCGCGAUCCAAAGGAAAAAGUGGCAUUAUGGGGCCAUCAGUCAAGCUCAGAAACGAUCCGCGACUUUUCUGCAACAUUGGACAAGCCCAAAAAGGACAACGAUGAUGUUGCUGUUGUGAAGGAGGAAGAAGGAGGAAGUGCAUCAGCGUCAAAAGCAUUGCCGACCCAACAACCGGUGAAUAUGCGAUUAUCCCAAGUGGAAGAGCCUUUACUCAAUGUCGUCCGGACCACGGUCAAACCAGCGGAAGUCGUACGUGAUAGAAUGAUGGCAAGGCUGAGAACGUUACCGACACGUACCUUUUUGCAAUACUACACGGCAAUGGAUAAGACUUUAGCGCUACUGCACAAAGCAACCAGCUUCCCCGAUGUUGUGCACGGGCCAGUAACGGCUGAAAAGAAAAGAAACGAACUAUUGAAUGCUAUACAACUUGGGAAAAGACCACGGACGGACGAAGAACUACCAAAAAGCAAAAGCGCAAAUGUCAAGGACGAUGGAACACGAAAAUGUGCAUAUUGCAGCGCAAAAACCACAGCCAUGUGGCGACCGGGUCCUGCGGGUUCAGGAACGUUGUGUAAUGGAUGUGGAUUACUUUGGUUGCAGGGGAAGAUUCUCAAGGAUGCGUCCGUUAUUAGCAAAGAGGAAGAAAAGAAGCGCGCAAAAGAAGAACGAGCAAGGCGACAAGAAGAGCAAGAGAUCGAGAGGGAGAAUCAACGGCAAAAGGAACUCAUGGAACUUCAGCAACGACAACAACAGCAAAGCUCUAAAAAAUCGACAUCCAAUAGCAAAAUUGGCAUGUAUGCUGCACAACUCCUGCAGCAGCAAGAACAGCAGCAAGCUCCUGCAGAAGAGUCUCAACAUUCAUUGCCACCACCACCACCACCACCACCUCAACCACCUCAACUACAACAACAACAACAACAACAACAGCCAACGACCACCGCUAAAGCAGAAUCCAAACCACAAUCGUCGUUAUAUUCUAACCCGGCAGGCAUCCCACUCCCGACGCUAUCCAUUGACUUUGGCCCUUCGUUCUUUUUUGUUCAUCCAGCAUGCUCGGUGGCAUUAGUCGAAGGCUUCUUUUCUAUCCGUCUCGUAAAAGAAGGCUUUCCACCCGUCGUUCUGUUGAUGGACAAAAAGCAGCUGCAAAGCUCGACGUUUCAAGUAACACAAGAGAGCCAGUUGCGCGAAGUGCUCGUCAUGACCGUGAUACCAACGGAAGGUCCUACAAUCCACCACUUCAACACGGACUUAUUAAUACCCGGUGACAAAGCCAAGAGCAUGAAGAUCCGAUUUCUGGAGAAAUUGGAUGCUGGUGGAGCAGUGGUUCAGCGGAUCCUUGAACGGUGGUUAGCGACACCGUCUCCUGCUCCAAGUGCGGCUGUUGCCGCCGCCGCCGCUGCCACUAUCACUGCAGCAUCUGCACCUGCCUCCUCAUCACCUCCAUCUUCAUCUUAA